UUGACGAAAAAACAAUUUUCAAGCGCGACGCCAGAUGGCGGCUGAAGAAGGGAUAUCGCGAGUUAGCGCUCCCAUAAUCCUGCUCCUGGAGGCUCUAGUGUCCCUACUUCUAGACGUGUACCUGCGUGGAUUACGGGGAUAUCCGAGGCAGAAUCGUGGUAUCAGUUACCACGUCCUUCUGGUGCCUGCGUUCUCUUCAUCAUCUUCUGUCCUGCCCGUGGACGUGUCGUCGGGCCUUCUACACCUGCUGCCUCGAGAACGUAAGCGUGACCGAAGAACACGGAGGCUCAGGGGCCGCAAGUAUACGGAGGCAUGCGACUGCUCCGGAACGUCGGCCGGGACCCACUUCCGAGUGUAUUGGGAACCGUACUCGCGAGUGCCUACGAGUGCUUCCAGGCCCUACUCGGUUCAUCCUGCUUCGACUCCAUGAAGAUCACUCUGGUUCAUCAUCUACUGGUGUUUUUCGUCCUCUCCUGGGUGGUGAUUCCUUGGGACAGUCGUAAGUGCUGGCAAGUUAUUCUCUGUGUGGAAGAAGAUUGUGCGGAUGCUGGUCGAGAACAUUCUCAUUUACCUCUCCUCUUCGUCAUUUUCUUCAUUCUCUUGUGUACUCGUGGGUCAUCAAGAAGAUAGUGGCACUCCAGAGACUCCAUGGUGAUAGCCACUGCCUCUAACACGUGGGGACUAGUUAUCCUAACUCUUCUCCUUGGCUAUGGUAUUGUAGAGGUUCCGCUCGCUGUGGAAUGCGUCUCGGAGAUCGUACACACUGAGUCACUGCUACUUCAAGGCCGCCAAGUUGUGCACCGACAUGUCUGAAGCUGACGAGAAACUCAGCGAUGCUGUUGAGAGAGUGAACAAGGUGACCCAGAGACUCCACUACAACGACCCGCUGCGCAAAUACGUCGACAUCAUCAUAAAGAAGUUUCCGGAAGAAGUCCAGGCAGAGUUCAACAAAGGUCACGACGACUACGAGGACUAUAGGGAGACCAGUGGAGAGGACAGUCUCUGUAAGAGCUCUCUCGAGAAGCUGCUGAAACAGUCGAUGAAGGCUGUUCGGAUGUCACGGAGCACUCACAUUCAGUGGGAGAUCCUCACAGACCAGUGUCUCGAUCUGGAAGACGUGGAACAAAACCGCCACUCCAACUCACGGUUUUUCAAGUCUUCCCUUCGACCCAGUCCAACAACAUUCCUGCAGAGACAUCUACCUUAUCUUGAAUGGCAUUGGAAGGUGUGGCUGAGGAGUUGGGUGUACCGUGCCGUUGCCGUGUGCCUGGUCUUCCUCUCCGUCACCAUAGUCUGGUCAGAGGUGACCUUUAGUAUCGACCCUCCGAACCACGACAUCCACCUCUCCUUCUUCGCCUUCCUCGUCUACGCCGGACACAAGUUCCAGAACUACAUCACGGUUGAGAUUCUAUCAGUUGGUGUGGUUGCGUACCUCAGCCUGUGUGCGUACUUCACGGCGUUCCGGAUCAGAAUCUUCAACCUGUACAACCUGGCACCUCGUCACUCGACCGACGAGUACAGCCUCCUCUUCAGUGCAGUGUUACUGAGUCGACUAGCUCUCCCGGUGUGUCUGAACUAUCUCUACAUGAUCCAGGUGGUGCGACUGGUUCACCACGACAACGAAGACAAAGUCCCACAGACCGCCUUUGCCUACGCAACGGGCAAUACAUCGCUGGUCCCCUGGCUGACCAGCUAUUUCUACAUCUACUACCCAGCACUCAUCCUCCUCGUCUGCAUCGCCACCUUACUCAGCUGCGGUACUCGCCUCGCCUCCGUCUUCGGCUACCAAAAGUUCAUCGGGGAGGACGACUUCUCGGCCGAUUACAUCGACGAAGGAAAGGUCCUCAUGAAACGAGAGAGGAGGCUGAGAGAGAGGAGUCUAAGGGAGGAGGGAAACACUGGGUCGCAGAGAAGACGGCUGAACUCCUUCGAACAACUCAAGUUGUCACGAGCAGUUCGCUACAGCCACCAGCGAAGAGAGAGGGCUCCAGUGUCGGAAGAAUCUCGUCUCCAAAAACUCACCACACAGGUAAAGGGUUUGGCUACUAGAGGAAAAGAGAAGGUUUCGGCCAAGUACAGUAAGAGGGACGACACCGUCGAGUUACUGAAUCGCUCCUCCGCCACCUCCAGCGACAGCACGUCUGUGGGUGGCCAAAGGUCACUACGCAGCUACCAGCCUCGCCGUGGCGACCCUCCACCAUCAAACCUAUUCAACGACAUCUGAAUAAAGUAUUUUUCAUCUGAAACUGCGAAACAGAUUAUUAAUCCACGACCAUCCGUUUUUCUAAUAAACAAGCUGAACCAAUGUUGAUUUUUUCAUCUAAAAUUCUGUUGCAAGAUCAGUUUUUUAAACUUCUAUUGAUCACAGCA